AUGCUCAAGUCUGUGGCCAGAAUGACCAGAACAUUUUCUUCCUCAGCCGCCAGGGGCGACUUGUUCAAAUAUCAGGGCGCGCUCCCCCACUUGCCCGUGCCCCCACUCGCAGACACGUGCGCGAAGUACAUCAAAACAGUGGAGCCGUACCUCAGUGAAUCCCAGCUUGUGUCCACAAAAGCCGUGGUGGCCGAGUUCGCCCGGCCGGGCGGCAAGGGCGAAGCGUUGCAGCAGCGGCUCGAGGCGUUUGCCGCCGGCAAAGACAAUUGGUUGGCCGAGUUCUGGGACGACUACGCGUACAUGUCGUACCGGGACCCCGUGGUGCCCUACGUGUCGUACUUCUUCAGCCACAAGGACGUGAACAACCCCCUCGGCAAGAACCAGUUGUACAAGGCCAGCUUGCUCGCGUACUACACCACGCAGUUCUUGCUCGACGUGGAGACCGAGACAUUGGACCCCGAGGUCAUCAAGGGCAACCCUUACUGCAUGAACGCGUUCCGCUUCAUGUUCAACAACUCGCGUGUGCCGGCCGCAGGCAGCGACAUCACCAAGACAUACAGCGGCAAGGACCACCGCUACUUUGUCGUGGCCUUGAACAACAACUUCUACAAGGUGUUUCACCACGGCGCGGAUGGCCAGCCCUUGUCCAAGGCCGCCAUCUACCACCAGUUGCUCCACUUGACCACGGCCGUCAACCCACGUGUUCCUCGUGGCGAGGGCGUGGGCGCGCUCACGUCUUUGAACAGGGACGAGUAUUUGUCCGCGUACGAGCACCUCGUCAAGUCGCCUGUCAACGCCGCGUCGCUCGAGUCGAUCUUCGCGUCCUCGUUUGUCAUUUGCCUUGACGACAACUACCCGGUCACCAUUGAGGAAAAGUCGCGCAACUGCUGGCACGGCGACGGCCAGAACCGCUGGUUCGACAAGCCGCUCGAGUUCUUCGUGUCGAAAAACGGCAACUCGGGCUUCUUGGGCGAGCACUCCCGCAUGGACGCCACGCCCACCGUGCAGUUGAACAACCGUAUUUUGCAGCAGAUCGCCGCGGAGGACCCUGCGUCGUUUGUCGCCGAGAUCACCGCCCUGGGCGCUGCUCCAGCAGAGGCCGUGCCCCAGGGGCCCUCGUUGUUGCCCUUCGACCUUUCCAUGCAGGCCAAAACCGACAUCAAGAACGCCAAGGAGAAGUUCAACGCCACUAUUGCUGCGCUUGACCAUGAAGUCUUCCAGUACUACGGGUACGGCAAGAACUUGAUCAAGCAGUUCAAGGUCUCGCCUGACGCAUAUGUGCAGAUGUUGAUGCAAUUGGCUUACUACAAGUUGACGGGCGUGGUGCGCCCAACGUACGAGUCUGCCGCCACGAGAAAGUACUUAAAGGGCCGGACUGAGACUGGGCGUGUUGUGUCGAACGAGUCAAAGGCCUUUGUCGAGACUUUCACGAACGACCUGGUUCUGAACGAGGCCAAGAUUGCUGCCUUCAAUGCCGCUUGCAAGCAGCACGUGAAGUAUUUGGGCGAGGCUGCAGACGGAAAAGGCGUUGAUCGCCAUCUUUUCGGCUUGCUGCAGAUGUUGAGCGAGGGUGAGGACGUGCCGGAGAUUUUCAAGGAUCCCGUGUUCAAGCACUCUUCUACAUGGUAUGUCUCUACGUCGCAGGUGCCCUCCGAGCACUUCCAGAGCUGGGGCUGGUCACAGGUUAUUGACGAGGGUUUCGGCUUGGCGUACUUGGUCAACUCCGAAUGGUUGCACGUGAACAUUUCCAGCAAGAAGGGCUACGGCUUGAACUCCGCCCACUUGAAGUACUACUUGGUGGAAGCUGCCAAUGAAAUGAAGCAGGUGUUGUCGACGCAGCUCGCACCAAAGGCCAAGCUCUAG